AUGGGUGCCCGCGUCGUAAUUGCUGUUGACAUCGGCUCGGUGGAAGAGACAAAUCUCCACAACUAUGGCGAUCAGCUCUCCGGGACCUUCCUUUUGUUCAAAAAAUUCAACCCAUGGUCCCAGCCGAUUCGCAUCUUGAACAUGGAGGAGAUCCAGACCCGAUUGGCCUUCGUCUCGUGCGUGCGCAACUUGGAGACGGUCAAGAAAGCGCCUUAUUGCUGCUACCUGCGACCGCCGAUCGAGCCCUUCCAGACGCUAGAUUUCGGCCGAUUCGAGGCGAUCAUGGAAGUUGGUCUCCGCUACGGGCAAAAGGCGAUUGUCGAGCUACUGCGCGACAACGACAAUCUUCGAAAGGCGCUCGGCUCGGACGAGUGCGUCUCUCGACUGGCUCGCCAGCUCAGCGGCAUGGACAAGACCAGGAUGGAGAGAUGCCUAUCCACUUCGUUCACCGACCUUGCCGCCGCCAUGUCCAAAGUGCCUCCGAUGCGACGGCGCAGAAGCUCCCUGUCAGCCCUCGACCAGAUUGACAACACCGAGAUGGACGAGAUCAUUGACGAGCUGCUCAACACUGAAGACAGCGAAGCGGCCGUACAGCGCUACUUCGAGGUGGCCGAAAUGUCGAUCGAGCAGGAGGAUCCCCACAAAAAGAAUAUC